UCUCCUACAUUCUGGAGUCUUGAAAUUUUCAAUUUAUAGAACACAACUCACCAGCCUGUUCUGUUCUCUCUAAAAUUCAGAAAAAACGCGAAAAAUGCCGUUCUGUAACGUAAGUUCGUACCAGAACGGUGAUGGAGACGAAUUAAACAUCAAUGGAACUAAUAUUUUCUACAGAACUUACGGUCAAGGGCCGGUGAAAGUUCUUUUGAUCAUCGGAUUGGCUGGGACCCACGAUUCUUGGGGUCCACAAAUAAAGGGUCUAGCUGGAACGGUGAUUCCGAACAACGAUGAGUCGACGGCCAGUGAUCGGAGCAACGAGAGUGACGAAGGUGAUGGCGUUGAGGUCUGUGCGUUUGAUAAUCGGGGAAUGGGUCGGAGCUCCGUUCCCACGAAAAAGUCAGAAUAUACGACGAUAAUCAUGGCAAAAGACGCAAUAGCUCUAAUGGAUCACUUAGGUUGGAAAAAAGCUCACGUCUUUGGUCAUUCAAUGGGAGCUAUGAUUACAUGUAAACUGGGUGCCAUGGUGCCCGAUAGAGUUUUGUCUCUGGCUUUGUUGAAUGUAACUGGUGGAGGUUAUGAAUGUAUACCAAAGCUUGAUCGUCAUACCUUGUCGAUUGCAAUUCGCUUCUCGAGGGCAAAAAGUCCUGAGCAAAGGGCAACGGUUGAUUUAGAUACCCACUACUCACAGGGAAAUAGUAAGCAUAACUUUCGACGCUUAUGUAUUCAAUAUGUAAAAAGCAUAUCAUCAACUGGUAUGCAGUCAAAACAUGUAUUUGAUGGUCAGAUUAAUGCAUGCUGGACGCAUAAAAUGUCACGGACGGAACUUGAGUCGAUCCGUGCUUCUGGGUUUCCCAUAUCCGUCAUUCAUGGCAGAUAUGACGUCAUCGCCCAAUUAUGUCAUGCGAAAAAGCUUGCAGAGAAAUUGCAUCCUUCAGCAAGAAUGGUUGAACUUCACGGAGGGCAUCUUGUGAGCCAUGAGAGAACCAAAGAGGUGAAUGCAGCUCUUCUUGAGUUGAUCAAUGCAUCAAAGAGUAAGAUAAACCUAAACGAGUGGACGAAUUUGCAGAAGAAAAGUAAAGUUUUUAAAGCUACCCGCAUAUCAUUUUGCAAGACCGGCAAUUUAUCUUUCAUGGUUGACACUGUAGAAAAGCUACGUGUUUUCCUAUUGUACUUUUUCGGCCGCUUUGUAUUGGCGUUUGAGCGUGCAAGAAGAGCUAUGAGGAGUCUAAAACCCGUGAGAGUAGGAUCUGCUCUCACACAAGUUUAACAUUGUUCGAGCCUCCUCUCCUGGUAAUUCGCUAUAUUUUCAUUGCAGCUGCUAAAGUUACCGUCUGAGAAGUCAUCAGCUUUUAGUUAACAGUUAACCUGGUUCAGUUUAAUUUUUUUCAGAGAAUUUUGUUCAUUUUUUACGGCCUCUCAGUCGAUGUGGCUCUCUUGUUACUAGAAUUGAUUGAAAUUUGUGUAUAUCUGCUGCUGAAGAAAAAUUAGUUGGUAAACAACAUGGUCGGUUUUGAAGUCAAGACGAUAUUUAAACAAUUGUAUAGCUUCUUGAUGUGCAACAGCACGAAUUGAGGGCAAUAGAGAGUUCAGUAUAGAGGAGAAAGCUGCAGUUAGCUGACUAUUGGAAGUUAAACAAACCUAAAAGCACGAGUCUUCUUGCUACUACUAUCCGUUGUGUAUUUCUGAUUAAUUUUUGUUCCAAAUUAUUUAUUUUA